UUCUGGUCUAAUUGACCGGUUUAAAUGGCGCAGCUGUGCGGUGACUCCUGUUUCUCACUCGCAGGCCAUCUUCGGCCUCGUUUGGCGGCAGAGAGGAGCUGAGCUAACCGGGACCGUGUGAUGGCAUCCGCACUGAUGGCUUGGGUUUGGAUUGGUGUAAUUCUAGCCCAGUUUAACAGCGUAGGAGCCAACCGUUACGCUCACGGACAUUUGACCGGCCAGGACGGGCUCGAUGACGGCAGAAGCCUGCACUCAAACGCCGCUCUGGAAAACUGGAACACGGACCGAAGUUUCCCAGCGCUGGUGUGGAGUUUCCUCCGAGGUAGCCCAAACUUCUGCUCCCCAUUUAGAAAAACAAUUAGAAAGCACAGGCAUUGAGUUUAAUCAAAGAAGGGGGGAAUAAUCUAUAAUAUGCAAUUACAUCCAGUGUUUAUCAAUGUGACAACCAAAGUUAUCACAUAUGAAUGUAAAAGCAAUAUUGUUCUUCUAAUCAGGCAUGAAAAUCUCUCACCUUUCGGCGAAAUUCGCCAUUUUGAAGUCAAAAAGGGUGACCUACGUGAAUCGUGUAGAUCCGAGGAGAAUUUUUUUUAGGGGGGGAGGGGGUCGGGGGAUUGUUUUUUAUUAUCAUGUGAUUGGCUUAAUACGUAAACCAGGGGUGUCAAAGUCAAAUGGACGGAGGGCCAAAUAAAAACUGAUCUGACGGACUGAUCGAAUGUUCAUUGAAUUUUUUUUAAAUGACGCAUAUAGUCUAGUGAACCUAAUUGAACCUACUGAAAACCUAACGAAUAUAUUCCAAUAUGAUCAGAUAAAUAAAGCAAUAUUUUCUUAUGGCUCUGUCAGUAAUCUUUAAUUUUCAACAGACACAAAAGACAAAUUUCCUUUAUAUAAAAAUCCCCAUAACAUGAACAUUACAUGAAAGAAACCGGUAUUAUUCAAGGCACCAUCAGUAGCCUAUAUUUUCUAUUUUAGCAAAAGUGGGCUAAAUUUACUUCAAAGAAAAAAAUAAUAAUAGCAAUUUUCUAUCAUCCACUCAACUGAAAUAUUUUUAAAAUAUCGUUUUAAUUCCUCGGCCUUCUGUAGCCUUUGUUCCAUGUCCAUAUUCUUGUUUUUGUCCGCGUUUCGUUUCAUAAUGUCGUCUCAGAUUAUACUCUUUCAGUACCACCACACUUUCUCCACACAGAAGACACACAGGUUUUCCAGCUACCUCCGUGAACAUAUACUCCGACUCCCACCUUGUUUGAAACCCCCGGUUCUCAGUGUCCACCUUCCGUUUUGCCAUAUUUAAUGGAUAUCUGAAAGUUAAUUUUACUGUUAUGCUGACGACUGCUGUGCUAAUAAAUAUUGAAAUGAAGCAGCCUGCUGCUCGGUGCGUCACCGUUGCAUUGUGGGAAAUGUAGUAUUGGUGCGUGUAAAAGAUCUGCGGGCUGCCGGCUUGCUGCGGUCUGCGGGCCGGUUCCAAUAAUAAAUCAAGAUCAUCCCAGGGGCCGUAAAAAACCUUCUCGCGGGCCGGAUGUGGCCCGCGGGCCUUGACUCUGACAUAUGUGACGUAAACCGAACACUUCAGAAAUCGGCCCUUUAAAUGACACUUGGUCAGCAAAUCCUCCUGGCUCAUUCGCUGACGAGAACCAAUCAUAGGCCAAACUGCGUUCCAUUAUUCCAAUCAUGCGCACACUCUUCACGUGUGCUUGGAGAGCCUGUGGUAGCGUUGCAAAGCUGCGAGAACGAGUAGCAGGACUUAUCCACGCCGGUGUUGCGCCGUAGAAUGCACCCCUGCCGUAGAAUGCCCCCCAGACGAGAGCGCGGUUGAAAGUACAUAAUAAGGCGAUCAAGUCUCACGCAUUCAGCGUGUGACACACGCAUUCCCACCCGCUCACACGCCACACAUUGUAUUUCUCACGUAUUUAUAUGAACACGGUGAUGUCCACAAAGUUGCACCUCUGUAACAAUGGAACAGGUAGAAAUCAACUGAGUUCCUCCGAGAGUUCACAAGCUGCGUGCCACGCGCAAGCCAAUCAAAUAAAGUAUAUCUACUGAACAGCCAAUGAAAAAGCAGCAUUGCUGUAUCCGGGUAGAUUCUGAUAUCUUGCGGUUUGACUACAGAAGAAGACAGACACUCGUCGUAAUAGAGCAGGUUUUAUAAGGACAAGAUAGACCCGAUGAUUACAUUACGUCAGUAACCUACACAUGCAGAGACCUCAACACACCAUGGCAUAUAGACUCAUAUGAUAAACUAAAGCCCUAUGCUAUUGCUGUUAACAGCUGUAUUGAUGAAUUUAGCCUCUGUACAGCCAUUCUUACAUUUACGAUUCACGGUUUUCUAAUAUGCAGGUUAUACAUUUAACAUAUUUCUUUAUAUCUGUCUGACUUUUCAUAGUUGAAACUUUCUUCUGUAGGCAGUCUAUGCAGGAUGGUAGGACCUAAGAACAUAUUGCUUUUACAUUUUUCUUGACAUGUGGAGAUAAAUGUUGUAAAGAUCCUUGUGUUUCCUAAAUGCCCACAGGCCUCUCUAACCCAUUUGUUAAUCUGAAAGAUUAUCCAUUUUUCAGAUUUUAAGGAAUAGUGUGUAAUACUUAAACAAAUUUAGCAGAACAGACUUUUGUAGAAAUGGACUAUAUAUAUAUGACUGAAUAUUUAUCUUUAUCCAUGUAAACAUUAAAUGGAAAUUAUGGGGGUUAUGUUGAAUCCAGUUCCUGAAAAUGGGUGGUAUUUUAAAGUUUUUAUUGGAUCUUUCACUAAUUGGUUAACUAAGAGACAAGAGUUGUCAAAUAGUGUGUUAUGGAGAUCUUUGCACUGAAGAUAUUGAUGGAUCUUAGUUUUUUUUUUUUUUUUUUCUUUUUUUUUUCAUAGUAUAUCUUGAUUCUUACUUUAUUCAAAUACAGUGUUUCACACCACAAAGCAAUUCCAUUUUUUAUCAUUUCUCUUAUCAUAAAGAGUUCGACAUAGGUUCCCAGUUUCUAAUAGUUUUUAUACUAUAUCUGAUUUUUGUUUCACAAAAAAGCCUAUUUUUACUAUUUUCACAACACAACCCAAAAAGACCUUAAGGAUUUUGGAAUAUAUUUUAUUAUAAAUGCCUUAAAUCUUAAUAACAUUGAAAUAAAUUUUCCAAAACUUGUAAGAUGUGUUUGCUUCACACUGAUGUUGCUGAUUGUUAGUUUUGUUCAACAUUUUGAGAAAUUAAUAGAUAUGCGUCCAGUGGGAAGUGACUUGAUUGCAUUAAGUUUACUUCACAAAACCACUUGCAAACAACAAUUACUGUUUUUUUAAGGAUGAACAAAUGAGCUGAUUUUGUUGCCAACUCAGCUGGAAAGAGCUCAGCCACCUGUUUCCACUUUGUGCUAAGAUAUCAGUGUUGGGUUUAUAGCUUCAAAUUUAGCAAACAUCUAAAUAUUAAACACCUAACAAACAGCUCCCAAAGAAGUUUGAUCUCCAUGUGUUUCUACUUUUCACAUUUUGUAUUCUCCUUUUUUUUUUUUUCAAUAAUUUUUUUCAUUACAGGAGGUAGAAGAACAUCGGACUUUAAUCAGCCACAGUUCAGUUGCAGCAGUGCAGCACUCCUCCUGCGCUUCUCCCUUGUCAGAUACACACAUUUUUCUCUCGAAGGUGUGUUUGAUACAUUUAGCUCCCACACAAUGUUAUCUCUUUUUAAAAAGCAGACUGACAGCCUCAUACGUUUCUCCAAAUUCUUUUUCAUAGAUGGGACUCAGUUGUUAUCUCUGCCUGAAAGAUGUCGCAGUUGGAUUCAUAUUUAUGGGGGGUGGUUGUUGGCAGAGCUUCCUUAUGUUGGCUGUCGCAUGGCAAUGCAGGUAAAAUGCUUAUUUCCAUCAGUACCAAAUAUCAUGCUUUAUCCAACAGUAUUUCCUGCACUGUGAGAUAUUGUGUUUGAGAUGUUUUACUCUGUUUAUGUUGAACCAUGUAUUGCAGCAGCCAUUUUGGUAAUGCAGUGCAAUUUCUGGUAAUAUUUUCUUACAGCAGACUGAAGAAGAUGGAAAUGGUCCCCCCCUGUUGAGGAUACAUUACUUCGACCGUCUCCUUCAGGAAAAUAUGACGAGCAUAGCUCUCUGCCCAGGUCAUGAAACCUCCUCACAAGUUGUGUCCCCACUGGUGAUCUGUGGGGAAAGGCACAUCUCUGUGAAGCUGCCCCGUGAGACAAAACUGAGAAGGGUUAAAGAGCUUGGUAAGUACCUGUGGGCAAAAGUCAUCUUUAAGUUAAAUUAUUAAACAUUACAGCUAACAUUAAAAGGAUACUUUAUGCUUUGAAAGAGGCAUCAUGGCUGAUAUAAUGUAGUGAUAAAUACUGUGAUUUCAUUGACUGAGGGAUAUAUUUGUUUAAAGCUCCUGUGAGGAGUUUUUUACAUUCAUGGAGCAGAUAGAAAUUCACGCUGAUAACUUUUUAUGACACACCAAAAACAAACAAGACCAUCAGUGAUGAGAUUUACAUUUUUUGUUUGAAACUGGUGGGCUGGGAUAGUUGUCAGACGAGCAGCACAAUAACGUUUUGUGGGGUUUAUUUUUGGGUAGAUUUCCCGACGAAUGAAGGAUACUUGGUGAGACAGUUGAGGACCAUCAAUGCAUUAUAUGUGAAGAUAACAAAGUUACCACAUAAGGCAAGUCAAACUAUUCAGACACACUGUAAAAAAAUGUUUUAAUGACUGUGUAAACUGACAGUGAGAAUUUUCACAGGAUUCGGACUUUGAACUGGUCUAUGAGGGUGCCACUGGGACACUGAGUGCCAUGCUGACUUCUUGUUCCCCCAUUUUUCCAAAACAAGUAGAAAGGCAUCAUGUCAGAUCUUUGCAGGAACCAGAUUUAUUUGACCUGUGGGGCUUUGAAGAGAUUCCUGUUGAACCAUUUGAUUCAGAAACAACACAGACAACAAAUCAAGCAACAGACAGCACAGCAACUGACUCAGGCACAGGCACAGGCACAGCCACAGCCACAGAGGGUGAAACAGCGUAUGAUUUAGGUUUCUAUGAAUUAUGGGGAGUGGAGGAAAUUCCUGAAGGACCGUACAUUGGAAUAGAUGUAGAAAUUCCAAGCGCUACUGCUUCUACAACAACAGGGGCCUCUACAAUAACAGGGAUCACGACAUCUACUACCUCUGCUCCAGUCACAUCUACUACAACUGCUGCAACUGUCACAGAUAAAACUGCAUCUUUUACUGUAAUUAGUUCUACUACUGUUGCCCCUGCUACAACCUUAACAGGUGCGCCUGCUGCAGCAACAACCACCACCACCAUUGCUGCCCCAGCUACAACCACCCCAACUACCGUGCCUUUGACAACAGCAACAAUCACAACUGUUGCAGCAGUGACUAACACUGUAACAACUGUGACAAACAGUGUCCCAUUGACCACUACCACCACCACAACAUCUAGUCCACCUCCAUCAACAUCAAGUCCACCUCAGUCAACCACAGCAAGUCCACCUCAGUCAACCACAGCAAGUCCACCUCAGUCAACCACAGCAAGUCCACCUCAGUCAACCACAGCAAGUCCACCUCCGUCAACCACAGCAAGUCCACCUCAGUCAACCACAGCAGGUCCACCUCAGUCAACCACAGCAGGUCCACCUCAGUCAACCACAGCAGGUCCACCUCAGUCAACCACAGCAGGUCCACCUCAGUCAACCACAGCAGGUCCACCUCAGUCAACCACAGCAGGUCCACCUCAGUCAAAUGCAAGUCCAAAUCCAUCAACCACAGCAAGUCCACCUCAGUCAACCACAGCGAGUCCCCCUCAGUCAACCACAGCAAGUCCACCUCAGUCAUCAACAUCUAGUCCACCUCAGUCUACAACAGCUAGUCCACCUCAGUCGACAACAACUAGUCCACCUCAGUCGACAACAGCUAGUCCACCUCAGUCGACAACAGCUAGUCCACCUCAGUCGACAACAGCUAGUCCACCUCAGUCGACAACAGCUAGUCCACCUCAGUCGACAACAGCUAGUCCACCUCAGUCGACAACAGCUAGUCCACCUCAGUCAACCACAGCGAGUCCUCCUCAGUCAACCACAGCGAGUCCUCCUCGGUCAACCACAGCGAGUCCUCCUCGGUCAACUACAGCGAGUCCUCCUCAGUCAACUACAGCGAGUCCUCCUCAGUCAACUACAGCGAGUUCACCUCAGUCAACUACAGCGAGUUCACCUCAGUCAACAGCUAGUCCACCUCAGUCAACAUCUAGUCCACCUCAGUCAACAUCUAGUCCACCUCAGUCAACAUCUAGUCCACCUCAGUCAAUAUCUAGUCCACCUCAGUCAACAUCUAGUCCACCUCAGUCAACAUCUAGUCCACCUCAGUCAACAUCUAGUCCACCUCAGUCAACAUCUAGUCCACCUCAGUCAACAUCUAGUCCACCUCAGUCAACAUCUAGUCCACCUCAGUCAACAUCUAGUCCACCUCAGUCAACCACAGCAAGUCCGACUCCAUCAACCACAGCAAGUCAGUCAACCACAGCUAGUCCACCUCAGUCGUCAACAUCUAGCCCACCUCAGUCAACCACAGCAAGUCCGACUCCAUCAACCACAGCAAGUCAGUCAACCACAGCUAGUCCACCUCAGUCGUCAACAUCUAGUCCACCUCAGUCGUCAACAUCAAGUCCACCUCAGUCGUCAACAUCAAGUCCACCUCAGUCGUCAACAUCAAGUCCACCUCAGUCGUCAACAUCAAGUCCACCUCAGUCGUCAACAUCAAGUCCACCUCAGUCGUCAACAUCUAGUCCACCUCAGUCGUCAACAUCUAGUCUACCUUUCUCAACAACAGGUAGUCCCCUUUCUUCAACAAGUCUCACUUUUCCCCCUUCAUCAACAUCCAGCCCGCCUAUAACGACAACUCUUUCCCUACUUCCUUCAACAAGUCCAAUUCCAUCAACAACCAUUGCCCCUACCACCACUCUAAGUUUUAGCUCAACCACAACUGCAGCUGGUCUAACCACCACCUCCAGCAUUUCUACCACAACUUAG